AUGAACCGUUUCUUCCUUCUCGCUAUUGCCCUCUUCCAAGUCUUGAGCUUGUCUACUGCUUUCGCCCCUGCUACACAAGCUUCUGUGUUUUCCAGAACGGCUAUCUUCGCUGAGGAAGAUCCAGCUACACCAUCUGUCGAGCGAGGUGUUUCUGUUGACCAAGAUGGAAAGUCCAAUGUCUGGGCUAUCGAACCAAAAAUGGAAGUUGCCUCAAAGAGCAGUGAAGAGAAGACUGCAUCUGCUUUGAUUGCUGGAGGAGGCCUUGCCGUCUUCGCUGUUAUUGCCGGAGUCGUACUUACCAACCUUCCCGAUCCUAACCAAUUCUAA